UUCCCAAGCCAGCUUUUCCAGUCUCUAAGGGAAGGAGAGAGAGGUGAGGCGAGAAGCGAGAGAGGGCUGGAAGAGGGAAGAGCUCGGGUUAAGAUGUUUGGUGUUCCUAUUUCUGGCAGAGGGGAGAACGUAUUAUGUAUGAGAAGUUAACCAUAAUGAACCUGCAAAGCGGCUUGAACUGGACUGAGCCUAACAACUGGUACCAUGACCUGACCACAGUACAAGCAAAACACAGCAAAGUGGCCGAGGGCUGUCUUUUGGACACAGACGGAGGCCUGGGGGACAAAGGUGGUGGUGGAGGAGGAAGAGGAGGAGUAGGAGGAGGGCCGGUCGAGAGGGACGAGGGCGAGGAGUCACAGCUGAGGCUGCAGCUGAAGAGGAAGCUACAGAGGAACAGGACCAGCUUCACUCAAGAGCAGAUUGAGGCGCUGGAGAAAGGUCAGACAGGUUUCAGCCAAUCACAAUUCACCAUGCUUGAGCUUCAGCCAAUCAGUUUCUUGAUUGAGCUUCGGCCAAUCACAUAG